AUGCACGGCACGAAGCAGCGUCCCGCGGACGCGCACCCAGGCCAGUGGGUGCUCAUUGCACCAGAGGCUGCUACUGACCCCCCUAAGACAGCUGACAGCGAACCUUUGUUUACAAAACUGCGCAAUCCAAGCACAGGGGAAGCAACCCUUUACUUAUUCAAUAGUGGUGCACAGCAGCUGUUUGAAGUAAAAGCUUUUCAUGAGGAGUAUCGUUCCUGGUUUAUAGGUCAGACUGUUCAACAAGAUGGGCGCCUGCUGUUUGUUACACCAAUGGACCCCUUAUUUCUGAUACUUUACUACCUCAUAAAGGCAGACAAGGAGCAAGGAAAGUUCCAGCCACUCGAUCAAGUUGUGCUAGACUCAGAGUACCCUAGCUGCCCAUUGCUGCUGAAGUGCGCAGAUGUUAAACAGUACAUACAGCAAGUAACAGAAGAAAAAGAGAUUGGCAGUCAGAAAUUCCACAAAUACAGCCAAGAGAAGACACUGAAGUGGUUAAAGAAAAAGGUCAAUCAAACAGUGAAAGCACUUAAAAGCAACAAUAUAUCUGUAGGUGAAAGGGUACAUGCAGCUACAUUUAUCAGCGGUAAACAGAUCACAGAUUCUAAAGAAGACUAUGUACGGUAUGCCCAUGGGUUAAUAUCAGAAUAUAUUCCUGAAGAUCUGAGUAAGGAGUUGUUAAAAUACUUAGGGCUCCCAGAACUUAAAAGCCGAGCACCAGAGCCACCAUUGAAGAUGCCUGCGCAAAGACAUGGAAAGAAGAAAUGAAAGGAGCAUGAGGAGACUCGCUAAUAUUAUUUUAACUUGCCAUAAUCUCAAAGCAGGUUUUAAAGGCUUUUUUAACACACUUUCUGAAGAUAAAUGCUUGAAGUUAGACAUGUCCUGUUCCAAGAAAAAGCAAAUCUCAGCAGAUUAACGUUGUUAAAUAUGCGGUGUGUUAAACAUACACUGCUUCAAAUUUUAUAGCUUAUACACUAUUGGUCUAUCGGGCCCUUCCAGGAAAGCACUUACGAGCAUGCCUAAUGUUAAGCACAUGAGCAGUGUCUUAAAGUCAGCAGUGUUGUUCGUGUGGGUAAGUGCUUUGCUGGAUCAGCGCCUAAAGUCCUGUUAGGUGCUGAGCAUCCUGAUCCAUAUCCAGCAAAGCACUUACGUCCGUGCUUAUCUUGAAGUGGAAGAGCCAGUCUAACUAAUAUUUGUGCAUUAGUGUUCACCAUAAAAUCCCUCUUGGCACAAUGACUCACGUGCUUAAAAUUAAGCACCUGCCUAAGUAUUGCAAGGUCAGACCAACAGCAUCCUUGAGCAAGUCUUAAAUUAUUACUUCAUUUUGUAUGAAUUUUUUUGUACUCAUUUUUUAACAGAGUAUCUGAUUUU